AUGAUAGUAAAUUAGAAGGUAAAAUAACAUUCUUUAAUAGUAGUUGAUAUUCUAAUAGGAAUUUUUAAUACAUAAUUUAAAAGAUUCAAUAGAUCUUAUUAUAUAAUCACUUAGAUAAUAGAGAGAUGAUAGUAACCUUCAAAAUGUGGGAGUAUAUUUAGGAAUCAUUGUAUCAUAUUCAAAUGUAUUUUAUGCAUAGGACAAAAUUUUCGAGUAUCACAUACUUUAAAUAUAGGUUCUCAGUGAAGAUGAAGAAGAAUGAUAAAGAUCUAGAAUAUAUAAUGACGGAUAUUGGUGCUAAUUGUAAUCCGAUGGCAUUGCACAAUUCAGUCUACUUGUUAUAUAGUAAAAUGAAAUAAUUAUAUGUGUGA